AUGACGGAAGAAGACCAAUACGAAGACGGCACCAUCCCCUUCCCCACCAAGCGCACCGACACGCCCUGCUUCACCUACUACAAAAUCUACGGCAACCUCAUCGCCGGCCCGCCGCCCGUCAUCGUUCUUCAUGGCGGCCCAGGCGCGCAACACAAGUACAUGACGCCCUUCAAAGCGUUGUGGAAGCGGUACGGCCUGCCCGUCAUCUUCUACGACCAGAUUGGGUGCGGGCGCUCGGUGCACCUCCGGCACCUCAAGGGCGAUCAGGAAUUCUGGAAAAUCGACAUCUUCCAUGAGGAACUGGAGAAUUUGAUCCGACACUUCAAGCUCGACGCCCCCGAUGGAUCAGGCUAUCAUUUACUAGGCCACAGUUUUGGCGGGCAGCUCGUCACGGCGUUCGCUGCUAAGCAACCGCCAGGACUGCAGAGGUUGAUCAUCGCCAGCGCGUCGGCGAGCAAGGCGCUGUUCAACAAGGAGCUCUGGAAGCUCACCGAGCAGCUCUCGCCGAAAGCCCAAGCGAGCAUCCACGACGCGGUCGAGAAGCUGGAUUUCUCGCGCCCGGCGUACCUCGCCGCGAACGCCGAGUUUCGCGAGACGUUCGUCUGCCAUGCCAGGCCGUAUCCACCGCCACUCAUGGUCCCUGAUCCCGAUACACAGCCGGACGACGACACGGUUCGCACGACGGUGCAAGGCCGCUCCCUUUGGAUCCGCGAAGGGACGAUGCGCGACUACGACUUCAUCCCCAUCCUGCACCGCAUCAACGUGCCCACGCUGCUGUACAAGGGCGAGACGGAGACGACGGAAUUGGACCCGAUGAUCCCGCUGUUCGAGGGGAUCGCCAAGUGCCGCUUCGUGACGAUUGGCAAGGCGAGCCAUAUGCCGCAUUUGGACUCGGCGGAGUUGUACGAGAAGACGUUGACGCUGGUGGGCAUGUUUCUGAAGCCGGGGGAUUGGGCGGGGCCGAGGGAGUGA